CGGAACCAAUCAGGCCGCCUGGCGGGUUCCGGCUUGUUGUCGUGCGGGUCCGCGUCUCUUUCCGCGGCGCUACGCCGUCACUACGGGACGCGGGAUGUCGUCGUUUGUCACCGAGGUGCUCGCCAGCUCCGGCAAACUGGACAAGGAGGACUUGUCCAGUAAAAUUAGCAAAAUGUCGCGCAAGGUGGAAGAUACGAAGGAAGAAGUCUGUGACAUGAUGAACAAGCGGUACAGUGAGUUCCUCCCGAGCCUCCAGGGGUCCGAGGAGCUGAUGGUUCAGGUGGAGGAGGUCUCCAGAGAGAUGGACGGCCUGAAGAGCUGCAUCGAGACCGAGGUGCAGCAGAACGUGCACGUGGCUGUGGCCGAGUAUGCAAAGCUGAAGCAGCAGCUGGAGAAAAACACGAUCGUCAUAGCAAUGCUUGGACAUCUCAAAGAGUUCCACAGCGCGAUGGAGGAGUUCAACAAGGCGCUGACAGAAAAGAAGUACGUUGAUGCGGCCAACCAGUUGGAACGGGUAAGAGACCUCGCGUCGACUCGGCGCUCCCCUCUGACUCAUCCUUCGGUGUGUCUGGUCAGCU